AUGAACCGUAGACUCAGUGGCUCUGAGCUGCUGCGAAAUGAUUCUGCUGUAGUGAAUAUGCUGGCUAUGUGCUUUAACAAUGACAGGUACUGCGGUAACGAUAACCUCGCGGCAGGGCCGGGCAAUGGGUUGUACGCUGUCGCUUCUUCUGAUGAUGUUGCUUGUGAAAGAGUGCUCGGGUUUGCGAUCGACACUGGAGCCUCGGAUUGA